GGGAUUUUGACGAAUGCUAACCCAGAGGAUAAAGGUGGAACUCCCGCCCCCCCCCCGGAAGCGAAAUCUGCCUGACAGGAUAAGUUUCUGCAUUUCUGAAGCGCCCCCAGCGUCGCAGCCUCUACCAGUUGCAAACGAGACCGCAGUGUGGACGGCAGCUGGCACUCAGUCCACAAGAUGCCAGGCAGGGGCGAACUAUUGACUGUUCCAGCUUCUCCCAGGACCCCGGGACUCUGACACAGUAGCGGCGCGCCUCCCGGCCCGGCCCGGCCCCCUCUCAGAGUGUUGUCCGUAUUAUUUGAAAACGCACCUGCGUGCGUGAUGUCUGCUGGAUAAACUGCCCGGCCCUGCGCACUUUUGCCAUUUGCUCCCGAAGUCAGGAGGUCAAGGAAAUCUCAAGAAGCCAGCCAAUCAAAAGCCCUGUAGGGAUGCUGUAAAGCCAGGUGACUCUGGGAAGGUGGCUGAAUGUUAAAGAUGGCAACCCAAUACAACAAUGAACUGAAAUGUGUUAGCGUAGAGUGGGACUUCCUUCAAGGACUGCUCGUAAAGAACCAGCCUGUCCCUUGCCUGCAGGCCCUACGGAAGGAGAAGUCUCGCAAUGCCGCCCGAUUCCGACGAGGCAAAGAGAACUUCGAGUUUUACGAGUUGGCGAAGAUGCUCCCGUUACCGGGUGCCAUCACGAGCCAGCUCGACAAGGCUUCCAUCAUCCGGCUGACCAUCAGCUACCUCCGCAUGAGGGACUUCGCCAACCUGGGGGAUCCUCCUUGGAACCUUCGGAUUGAGGGGCCCCCGCCAAACAUCUCUGUAAAAGCAAUAGGAACCCAGCAGCGGAGAAGCCCCACUUCCCUGGCUAUCGAACUGUUUGAACAGCAUGUGGGUGGACACAUCCUACAGUCCCUGGAUGGUUUUAUUUUUGCACUAAACCAAGAAGGAAAAUUUUUAUACAUCUCUGAAACCGUCUCCAUCUACCUGGGACUGUCACAGGUGGAACUAACAGGCAGCAGCAUCUUCGACUACAUUCACCCCGGCGAUCACGUUGAGGUGGCGGAGCAGCUGGGUCUGAAACUGCCGAGCAGCCGCGGUCACAGCUCCCAGGCCCCUGCCGAGGACGGGGCAAGUUCAACGUCUUCCUCCUCACUGGCCGAGACCCCCGAGCCAGACUCCGCCAGCCCCAGCCUCCUGUCCGAGGACGCAGCGCUAGAACGAACGUUCUUCGUCCGCAUGAAGUCGACGCUGACUAAGCGAGGGGUCCACAUCAAGUCUUCAGGAUACAAGGUCAUUCACGUCACCGGUCGCCUGAGGCCGCGGAUAUCGCUGCCCCACGCCCGCGCCGUCCCCACCAAGUUCAUGGGGAUGGUGGCCCUGGCCCACACGCUCCCUCCUUCCACCAUCAACGAGGUGCGCAUUGAGUGCCACAUGUUCGUCUCCAGGGUCAGCCUCGACCUUCAGAUCAUCUACUGCGAGAACAGGAUCUCGGACUACAUGGACCUGUCCACGGCAGACGUGGUUGGGAAGAACUGCUAUCACUUCAUUCAUGCCGAGGAUGUGGAAGGGAUCCGACAUAGCCACCUGGACUUGUUGAACAAGGGUCAGGUGGUCACGAAGUAUUACCGCUGGAUGCAGAAGAACGGAGGGUACAUGUGGGUCCAGUCCAGCGCCACCAUCUCGAUCAACGUGAAGAAUGGGAACGAGAAGAACAUCAUCUGGGUGAACCAUGUGCUGAGCAAACCGGAGCUUCGAGACACUCCGAUGGAUAUCUCACAGCUCCCGCUAUCGUCCAUCAAAGCUUCCAAGCAGCUGGUGUUGUCAGAUUCGGAGUCCGACUCUCGGGAGCACAUAGGGAGCCACGACCCGAAGGCCACGGGGAAGGCCAGCAACCUGGAGGCAGGCGUCCGGGCGCGCUCGGAGGCCUGGAAGCGGUCCGACAGCCCGUCCGAGGAGGAGAUGACCUCGGCCAAGGACGACAGCGACUCCAGCCUGUCGGACAGCGAGGGGCCGAGCGGCAGCAGGAGGAGCCUGGUCCUGCCGCGCGUCAAGCGGAUGAAGGUGGAGGGCCAGGCCGAGGCGGGGCCGGGCCGAGAGCUGCGGGGCUCGGGACCCAGUGACGGGGGCUCGGGGGCCAGCUCGGAAGAGGACAACUUGGCCGCCCGGCACCUGUACCCCAAGCGGAGGAAGAGGCCGAGGGACGCCUCGGGGCCUCGGGUCAAGGCUCCGGGGGUGGCCGAUCGCGACUCUACCCUCAAGGUCAAGACUGAGGCCACUCCAGCCAUCGGCUUCGAGGGCCGCCGUCCGGCCUGGGACUACCCGGCCGAGCGGGAGGCGGCCUACCACCAGCGGGUGGCCAAGGCCCCGCCCGCCGCCUCCGACCACUUCGGCGCGGAUCCCCCCCUCAGCCCACCCGGCGCUGCCGAGAACCCCGGCGGCAGGAAGACGCCUUUCGGCCCGUCUCCCCGGGCCUCCGACGCCCUGUCGCCAGCUCCGCCGUCCGCCGACGACAAGGCCGACGUUCUGGCCCUGGCGCAGGCCCAGGCCCAGGCCCCGCCGCCGCCGCCGCCGCCGCCCUCCAGCCUGUACGCGGCCAGCACCAUCCGCUACGCCCCGGCCGACGUGGCGCUGGCCGUGCCCGGCAACCUGCUGCCCGCCGCCGCCGCCCACGCCCUCAACUUCGUGGAGCUGAACGGCCCGGCGUUCGGCGCCGAGCAGAAGGCGCAGGUGGAGAUGAUCUACCACCACGUCCAGCGCCUCAACAUGGCAGCCAACCCCUUCGGGUCGCCGGCCGCCGCCGCCGGCCUCACCCAGGUGCCGGCCGGCAGCGUCUUCACCACGGCCGAGGCCCUCUUCUCCACCCUGCCCUUCCCCAUGAACGCCGGCACCAUCCACCCCCCGCAGGCUCUGGAGCGCAAGGAAGACUGAAGCCCAGCGCCCACCGAGAUGGGCCGGAGGAUCUCUCUCUCCGGCCGGCCAGUCGAGACAAUGGACCUCUGCUCCCCAUCUCCUUCCAGUCUCCCCCUCCCUUAACCAAACCCCCUCUUCCCUCCCAACCAGAACGACCACCCGUGUCUCCUUGGCCCAAGUCCACGUGGGCAGUGGGAGUGGGAGAGCUGGGGGGUGGGCAUUGGAUGCCCCAGGUGGCCACCACCUUGGCGGCUGGUUGUCCAUAGGGACUGGCCGACUGUUGGGACGAAAGGGAAGGGUAGUGGUGGUGGUGGGUGUGCCAGCCGAGGCUUCGAGGCCCAUUUCCACCUCCGCUACUCGGUUGGGGAGUACCGUAACGAGGGAGGGGAGGGGAGGGGAGGGGAGGGGAGGGGGAAGACUCGAACCUGCCACCG